AUGGUUACCAACGGCACCAACGGGACCAAUGGGUCCGGGAAGCACUACAACGAGGGAACCUUCCUCUUCACUUCCGAGUCUGUCGGUGAGGGCCACCCCGACAAGAUCGCCGAUCAGGUCUCAGAUGCCAUCCUCGAUGCGUGCUUGGCGGAGGACCCUCUCUCCAAGGUUGCCUGCGAGACGGCCACCAAGACCGGCAUGAUCAUGGUCUUCGGCGAGAUCACCACCAAGGCCAAGCUCGACUACCAGAGGGUCGUCCGCGAUGCCGUCAAGGGCAUCGGCUACGAUGACUCCUCCAAGGGCUUCGAUUACAAGACGCUCAACCUGCUCGUCGCCAUCGAGGAGCAGUCCCCAGACAUUGCGCAGGGUCUGCAUCUCGAGGACCGCCUCGAGAACCUCGGUGCCGGUGACCAGGGCAUCAUGUUCGGCUAUGCCACCGACGAGACCCCUGAGCUCUUCCCCCUGACUCUCCUCUUCGCCCACAAGCUCAACGCUGCCAUGUCGGCUGCGCGCCGCGACGGCACCCUGCCUUGGCUGCGCCCCGACACCAAGACCCAAGUCACCAUCGAGUACAAGCACGACAACGGUGCUGUCGUGCCCCUCCGUGUGGACACCGUCGUCGUUUCUGCCCAGCACUCCGAGGACAUUACCACCGAGAAGCUGCGCAAGGAGAUCCUCGAGAAGAUCAUCAAGACCACCAUCCCGGCUAAGUACCUGGAUGACCGCACCAUCUACCACAUCCAACCCUCCGGCCUCUUCAUCAUCGGUGGCCCUCAGGGUGAUGCCGGUCUGACCGGCCGCAAGAUCAUCGUCGACACCUACGGUGGCUGGGGCGCUCACGGUGGUGGUGCCUUCUCCGGCAAGGACUUCUCCAAGGUCGACCGCUCGGCUGCCUACGUCGGCCGCUGGAUCGCCAAGUCCCUCGUCGCCGCCGGCCUCGCUCGCCGCGCCCUCGUCCAGCUCUCGUACGCCAUCGGCGUUGCUGAGCCCCUCUCCAUCUACGUCGACACCUACGGCACCUCGGAGAAGACCUCGGACGAACUCGUCAAGAUCAUCCGCGACAACUUCGACCUGCGCCCCGGUGUCAUCGUCAAGGAGCUGGAUCUGGCCAAGCCCAUCUACCUCCAGACGGCCAAGAACGGCCACUUCGGCACCAACCAGAACUUCAGCUGGGAGAAGCCCAAGGCCCUCAAGUUCUAA